AGCCGCCUUCGCCGCGGCGACCUUCCGGCCGGCGUUUGGACCCAGCAGGCGGCGUCGCAGAUUUCUUCUUGGCAAACUAACUGAAGGCAAGAAAAGCUAAUCUUCUUGUUAGCCCUCUGCAAGACCCCCUAACAGAACCAGGCCCAAGUUCACCGUGCUACCAUACCCCACCACUCCAGACACUACUCUGGGGUCUUCCUGAGGUUAGCAGUGUGAAGAUGACCAGCACCUUCCUAGCAUGACGACUGUGGACCGUGUGAUUGCCACCCACCAGUCAGAGUGGGUCUCUUUCAAUGAAGAGCCACUUUUUUCUGGCCCUUCUGAGGGGGGCACUGAAGAGCAUCUUCCAGGACUGUCGUCUUCCUCAGACCAGUCUGAGAGCUCCUGCGGGGACAGCCACCUGGCAGAUGGAGGUGCUCAGGACCGCUCCCCCUCGGAACAGGAUGAUGCCUCUGAAAAGAUGGGCCUCAUCUCUGAAGCAGCCUCCCCUCCUGGGAGCCCUGAGCAGUCCGCACCUGAUCUGGCCUCGGCCAUCAGCAACUGGGUUCAGUUUGAAGAUGACACGCCCUGGAGCAGCACAUCACCACCUCCUAAAGAAACAGUCCUACCAUUGACCGUGCCCUGCUGGACAUGUCCUUCCUUCGACUCUGUGGGGAGAUGCCCUCUGACCUCCGAGAGCAGCUGGACCACACAUUCUGAAGACACCAGCAGUCCUAGCCUGGGCCCCUCCUACACAGACCUGCAGCUCAUCAGUGCCGAGGAGCAGAUGAGUGGCAGGGCUUCUGGUGCCGACUCGACUGACAAUUCUUCUUCACUCCAGGAAGAUGAAGAGGUAGAGAUGGAGGCCAUCCACUGGCAAGCCAGCAGUCCCACCUUGAAUGGACACCCUGCCACUCCAGUGACCUCUGCGCGUUUCCCCAGCUGGGUCACUUUUGAUGACAAUGAAAUCAGCUGCCCUUUGCCACCAGCCACCUCUCCUCUGAAGCCAAGUACACCGCCUGUUGGAUCUGUGAUCCAAGAUGUAGCUUAUAACUCAGUGGGGUCAUUUAAGAAGAGGGAACGUCCCAAAAGCACUUUGAUGAACUUCUCCAAAGUUCAGAAGCUGGACAUUUCCUCCUUAAAUCACCCACCUUCCAUAACCAAGCCUCCACCUUGGAGGGCAACCAAUCCUUUCUUGAAUGAGACUCUACAGGAUGUACAACCCUCGCCGAUCAACCCUUUCAGUGAUUUCUUUGAGGAGCAGGAGAGACGGUCCCAAAACAGUUCCAUUUCGAGCACCGCAGGCAAGAACCAAAGAGAUUCCCUCAUUGUCGUCUACCAGGAUGCCAUCAGUUUUGAUGAUUCAAGCAAAAGCCAGUCACACUCUGAUGCUGUUGAGAAGCUCAAACAACUCCAAAUUGAUGAUCCUGACCAUUUAGGUAACACAGCACUACCUGAUGAUGACGCAGUCGCCUGGAUUGAACUAGAUGACCACGUGCCUGGCUCAGCACCGUCCCAGCCCAGGGAUGGGUGGCCAAUGAUGCUGAGGAUCCCUGAAAAGAAAAAUAUCAUGUCCUCCAGGCACUGGGGACCCAUCUACAUCAAACUGACAGACACUGGUUACCUGCAGCUGUAUUAUGAACAGGGCCUAGAAAAACCUUUUCGUGAGUUCAAGCUGGAGAUCUGCCAUGAGAUUUCAGAACCCAGGCUCCAAAACUAUGAUGAGAAUGGCAGGAUCCACAGCCUGCGGAUAGACCGUGUCACCUAUAAGGAGAAGAAGAAAUACCAGCCCAAACCUGCAGUGGCCCACAUGGCGGAGAGGGAACAGGUGAUUAAGCUGGGCACUACCAACUAUGAUGAUUUCUUGAGCUUCAUCCGUGCAGUUCAGAACCGCCUCAUGAAUCUACCAGUGUUGUCAAUGGACUUGACCACAGUUGGCUUGAAUUACAUUGAAGAGGAGCUCACAGUGGAUGUCAAAGAUGAAUUCUCAGGCAUCGUGAGCAAAGGAGAAAACCAAAUUCUCCAGCACCAUGUCUUGACACGGAUACACAUCCUGAGUUUCCUCUCUGGGCUUGCAGAGUGCCGCUUGGGUCUCAAUGACGUCCUGGUCAAGGGCAACGAAAUCGUCUCCCGGCAAGACAUCAUGCCUACCACCACCAGCAAGUGGAUCAAGCUCCAUGAGUGCCGUUUCCAUGGCUGCGUGGAUGAGGACGUAUUCAACACCUCGAGGGUUAUUCUUUUCAACCCUUUGGACGCGUGCCGGUUUGAGCUCAUGCGGUUCAGGACAGUGUUUGCAGAGAAGACCUUGCCUUUCACACUCAGGACGGCGGCGAGCAUCAACGGGGCGGAGGUGGAAGUGCAGAGCUGGCUUCGGAUGUCUUCCGGCUUCUCCUCUAACCGUGACCCUCUUACUCAGGUGCCCUGUGAGAAUGUGAUGGUCCGUUACCCUGUGCCCAGUGAGUGGGUGAAAAACUUCCGCAGGGAAAGCAUGCUGGGGGAGAAGUCUCUGAAAGCCAAAGUGAACCGUGGGGCAAGUUUUGGCUCAACUAGUGUGUCAGGCUCUGAGCCUGUCAUGAGAGUAACUCUGGGAACUGCCAAAUAUGAACAUGCCUUUAACUCCAUUGUGUGGAGGAUAAACCGACUGCCUGACAAAAACUCAGCUUCUGGCCACCCACACUGUUUCUUCUGCCACCUUGAACUUGGCUCUGACCGGGAAGUGCCUUCCAGAUUUGCCAGUCAUGUGAAUGUUGAGUUCAGCAUGCCCACAACUUCUGCCUCCAAAGCUGCUGUGAGAUCCAUCUCUGUGGAAGACAAGACUGACGUCAGGAAAUGGGUUAAUUAUUCAGCACACUACAGCUACAAGGUGGAAAUUGAGCAAAAAAAGAGUUUGAAGCCAGACUUUGAAAGAGAAGAAGUGGAAAAUCCCAAGGAGUGUGGGGUCCAGUGAUGAAGCUCUACUGCAGGGGCCUUGAUCCAACAGUCACAAGAGGAUAUCUUCCUGAAUAGCUGAAAUUCAAGUCAGUCGCUGCCAUGGCUACUCAGUGAUGGGGACAGUGUAUUGCCCUUCCUGUUGGCAGUCACCUGCACUUUAACAGGAAACUCAGAGGUGGUUGCUUGGAGAAGCUCUCCUCACGCCUGAAGCACCUGGCUCACCUGACUUUGGGGGCUUAGUUAACUCUAAGCCUCCUUGUCUGGCUCUGCUUAUCCUCGGCACUUGGCGUGGUUUGAUGUGACUUUAGAGUCAGGAAAAGAACCUCCCACAUCAGUGUUGGCACAAUUACCUUCUGAUGUUCAUCUGUCACUUACAUGAGUUUCUGGAAAAUAAUUAGCUAAGACUCCCUCCCUGUAGUCCCUCUAGAAAAAUUUCAGAAAAUUACAAAACAAAUUUCCUCUUUGAGUCUACCAGGCCUUUCAUAGGUGACUCCAUUCUUUCAAUGUUAACACUAUGCAGCAGAUGUUUCUGAGACUUUCCACCCUGAUUCUAGAUUUCUGAGAGUGAAACACUUUUUCUAUAUAAGGUUUCAGUUCCAGGGUUCACCACCCUGCGCCACAGUCAACAAAGGGACAAGACACAGUAGGUUCCUUUUCCUUCUGUGAUUAGCUCCACAUUCUGCAAGAAGGGAAAGCAAAAUUGAGCUUAUUUUUCUUCAUUCUUGGGAAAAGGGACAUUAAUUACCAAAUUGUGUUCAAGUCAGAAGAUCAUUUCAAUCUCAGUGAAUUCCCAAAUUCACAAUGAAAAAAUACAGGCCAUUUCUGAUUCCUGAAACAAACAGAUCAAUGUGUCCUGCCAGUACCUCGGGCAUUUGUCAAGGGCAUUCGGGAUUUCUUUUUAUACCUCAUGGACAAGAGACAGUUGCAUGUCUCUUUAACUCAAACUUUAUAGAAAAUAUAAGCUGAAAAGAUCAUUUUAAAAAGUGUUCCUAAACUGAGCUUGAAAGAGAUUUCCCCCCCCAAUUCAGAGUUUGGUAAUAAAAAUGUCAUAACACAUCUAAAAGACAGAAGACCCUGGGAUAGAUAUUGAGAAAAGCCAUAUUUUUCUAAUGUUGUGAACAUUAAAUCCUCAUUCCAGGAGCCCAGGAGUCUUCUUCCCCUUCAUCUGUCCUGUUCACAUUCUGUACCUCAGUUUCUGGUUCGUAUCUUAGUGUUUUCUUACCAUCCAAGGAACUACAUUGUCCAUCCCAAAGGAGACACCUGCCUAGUAAUGUAAAGACAGCUUCUUUUUGCCUUCCGGUUUCUCUUAUGAAGAAAGCACCUUAUUGGAUUUGUAGAUGACACAUAAAUAGACAAUAUAUCUAGUGUUGACUGACAGAUUCAGGAUUAAUUUAAUCAGUGAACAUCCACUGAAUUCUAACUCCAUACAGACACUAGGAUAUAGGAAACGUUAUAUUUUUUUUAAAUACCUGAACAUAAGACUGAAACUAAAAGGAUGAAAUUAAAUAGGCAUUAAUGAGGACCCUCCUAUUUGGGUUUUUCAAAUGCAACACUCUUUUUAAGUACCAAGUGGUAUGCUUGUAUGUACAUUUGCAAAUGUGUGUUUACAUGUGUGUGCUGAUGGGAAGGGGGUUGCAAAGUCCAGGUUUCAUCGCCAUUCAUACAGAAAUGUUUUCUUAGGGAAAUGUGAGUUCAGUUUUGAAUCAGGAUUCAAAAUUGGCUAUUCACAGAGUUAAUGCUUUCAAGCUGUGUUACCAGAAGUCCAGGGAGCCCUGAAUGCUGCAUUCAUCAGUCCACAUCUGUGUGGAGGGGUGGGUUCAAUACCAUAUUUUAAGAGAGAUAUUAAAAAACUGAUUAAGUCCAGAGGCAGGUAACUAGGGUUUGAAGGAUCUGAUUAUAUAAGGAACAGGGAAGUAGUUCCCCUGAAGAAUAGAAGGUAUAGCUGAAAGGAGAGUUCAGAGAAGGAGGGAAAGAUGUAAUAAUUGCCUUUAAAUUUCUGUUGGGUUCUAAAAAGGAAAAGGAAUUAGACUUCUUCCACAUAGCUUCAAAGGGCCAAAAUAGGAAUAAAGAAGAACUUUAUGGAUGAUAGAUGUUUGCUUCAAUAUAAGAAAUAGUUUUAGAAUAAAAAUUGUUCUAAAGAAGAGUGGACUCUUCAUAAAACUUCAUGCUCCUGCAGAUGCCCAAAGGUUAAAAUAACUAUUUAUCCCAGAGGCUAUAAAAGGAACUCUUACGUUGGAUUUGGGCUGAUGACUACCAAGAUCAUUUCUAUAUAUCAGGUUAAUCUCAGUAGUGAUAGGACUCUCAAACUUGUUGUCUUUUUGACAAGUGACUUUUCAUGCUCUUUGAAAUAGAAUGUGGCCCCCAGAGGACUGUGUCAAGUGAGGACUCCAAGAUGUAUUCCUUCCCUGUUGCUCUCAAGUCACAUGAGAGGUCCUCAUAGAAACAUCAAGAUGGGGUGAAGAGUUGGCAAGGUGAAGGUCAUCCCAAGGUUAGCACUCUCUCAGGAUCUCUGCCUUCCCUGCUUAGCAUCACAUGUGUAUUGCUUAUUGGACCUUUUCCCCAUUGGUUAAUUCUCAUAGCCUUUGUGCUUUUUUUUUAUCAAGAGCUCAGAAAAUCCUUUCUAUGCUGUCUACAUUCACUAAGCACAUUAUUAAUCUCAAAAAACCUGUCACCUUGUUUUCUUCAAAUUUGCUUUUUCUUCUUAGGAAACUGGUUAAUGUUAGCAUUUAGGGGCUCGAGGGAUAAAAUACUAUAUAUAUAUUAUAGACCUACAUUUUCUGCUAAUAACCUACAUAGGAAAUACAGUUGGACAAAUUACCUUUUUAAUGUUUAAUAUUUAAACAUUAUAUUAUCAAUAAUGUUCAAAUAUUAAAAGUGAAUUAGUUUUACCACCACAUGGUAUUACUCUUAGAAUACAAUCAGAUGUCACAUGGUAUCAAGAGCUGUGCUUUCUUUUGAUUCGAGUGGCUUGCUGUGUGACUUUAUAGCAAAAGAGGGUAGGAAACGUCUGCCAAGCCAGAGAAUAUGCAGUAUUGGGAGGGAUGGGAGGCCAUUGAGACCUUUUGCCAUCCUUGCAAAUAUAGUACUAGUGAUUUCACAUCAAAAUUUUGUGUUUCACUUACAUUAAACAUUAUCUGGGCAGGUGUUUGUUUAUUUGUUUUCCUAUUUGGUCUUCCACACCUGUCUUACUUUCUGCAUUAUUGGCAGGACUUCACAUUUUGAGAAUUUUUUCAUUUUAAAGUAUUUCUUAUUUGAAAUAAGAGUUAUUCCUAUACAAAUAUAGUGGGUAAAGGCAGUUUAUUUCUCCUAGAACUUCACAUUUCCAAGAAAUAUUUCUCUGAAGGCAAGGAAUAUAUCUUGUUUUUUAUUUUUAUUACAUAGCCCAAAACUCAGAAUACACAGGUUUCAGUCACCUUAAACCCUUGUUUAUAGGGCAAACAUUAAUAAAAUAAAGGGAAAUAAUUUGGUGUAUAUCAAAUUUUCACUAAAAGAAUACUGACCUUAAUACCUUAGGACUACUUAAACCCUAAGUUGUCAUCAAGUAUUAAAGCCAGCAAGGCAGCAAGCUAGAGUACUUUUACUUUCUGGAGGACUUAAAAUAAUUUUUCUUGCCUUUUAUUCCUGUUUCCACUGUCAGUUAAUGACUAAUUGUCAUCACGUAAGCAUUUAAAAUGCAGCUGAAUUUGAGCUACAAUGUACCUUAGUCAUAUUGAAAAACAUAUUUGUGCCCAAAGAGAGAGUAGCACAGAUACUGUCCACAGUAGAUUAUUGAUUCAGUUUUGAUCCUGCAAGUCAAACAGAUCUGCAAGCUGGAGGCUUACCUAUUGGAAUGAUGAGCAGGAGAAGAAAGUGUGUGAUAGAAGGCACAGCCAUGCUAAUUGAGCGAGGUCUUUGUGUCCCCCACCUUAGCCACUGACCAUUGUCACUGUUACUUAUUUUGUCACCAUGGUCAGAGUAAGGCCAAACCUCAUGAUGUAAGAUCAAAGUUUCUGAUCUGAUUUGUGUCUCAUAAUAAGUUUUGCAAUGGGAAAGCAGACGAUGAUCUGAAAUGUUUCCUAAGAGCCUUGAGAAUAUGAAAUUGAUUGGCGUAGGAAACGCCACUAUCUAAGCUACUUAUAGAAAUUCUCUGUCGGUAACUUUAACAUUUCUGUGAAUGAUAAUGGUAAGUUAAUUCUAGCAUAUCCAGAGCUUAGGUCAUGUCUAGAAUGCCAUUUAACAGGAUAUUCAGACAAAACUGACCUCAAAAAUUAAAUUUACCAAAAAUAUCAUCUAGUAAAUGAGUUAUCUCUAACACCACACUACCAAACCCAUCCAAACCAUGACGGCUCUUUGUAUAAAAUUAGUCAUGGCAUUCUUGCCAAGUUCUAAAGAAUUUUUCUAAAUAUUUCCAAUGUCUCAAGUGCCAAUUCCCUACAAAUCACUAUUUCUUAAUUUUACUCUUUGUAAAUGAAACCCGCUUUGGAUAUUGUGAUGCAUAUUUGUGUAUUUAAAGAACUAGAAGUGAAUGACAUAUAUAAGGCAGACAUAAAUGUAAAACAGAAUGUGUGUGUUGGUAAUAUUUUGCCAUGCAUUAACUAAAGCAGGAGGGUGGAAUCUUUGCUAUUUUCCAGUGUGCCUUAGCAAAUCAGAUUAAGUGUCUGGUCCUAAGUUUUUGUUUUAAGAAUUGAAAAGAUAAAUGUAACUCUGGACUUGAAAUUAUAGACCUAUGAAGGUGGAAACUAUCCAUAGUAAUGUGUUUGGUAGUGCUUGAGAGAAGCAAAUAAUAAUUAUAUGUAAUACAAAAAAUAGAUUCAAAAACAAUUUCAAUAUGAAAACAAAAUAUAAAGAGAUGACAAAUACAGUAUUGACCACCAAACCUCAAACUACUUGAAUUAGAGAACAUCCCUUAAAGUUAAAAGUAAGGAGCUCU